ACGUCCACGCUGCUUUCCACGUUCUACACGCUUUCGUUCUCGACGUCCCAACGUACGGGUCUCUCUUCGACGACGAACAGUGGCGGCGCAGGUGUGAAACGCGAGAAUGUCGGCACUAUUCAACUUCCAAUCCCUCUUACUCGUCAUUCUCCUCCUGAUCUGCACAUGCACGUAUGUGCGCGCUGUUGCGCCCCGUUUGAUUGACCGCAAUAAGGAAGGAUUCCUGGGACUCUUCUGGAUGUCAGCGCGGAUAGGGGAGCGGCUGUCGCCAUAUGUCGCGCUCGCCUGUGUCGCAAUGGCCAUCACGAUGCUCUUCCAAUGAACACCACCUGUUCCUCCUCCCAUCCCGCCCCGGCCUCCAGACGGGAUGCGCGCGGCACGAUGCACACGAAGCCGUGCUGUCAUGCUGCCCUCCGGGCGCCGCCUGGCCAUCACGGUCUUCUGAAGGCAUGCGCGGUGCGUGAUGUGGCGCUCGUGCUCCUCAUGCCUCCCGGCGUUCGUCCGGCUUCUCUUUGAAAUCCGACAUUCCGGCCCAAGGCGCGCCCUCUACGUCUCGGCGGCCAUAUGCAACGCUCGACGGUGGUGCUCGUGGACCCGCCGAACGCUGCCUCGUGUCGUUCCUUGCAGUCGGUGUACUGUGUCCGUCUCCCACGUCUUCCCCUACCACUUACUCUCGAUGGAACUGUAUUGUAGCCGUUAUCAUCAUACCCGUGAAUGAUCUGAC